UCUACGUUGUGACGCCACUCCCCCCUCUGCGUGGCGACGUCACCCUCCGGUGUGCGUCAUGACGUCACUUCCUACUACCUGGUGACGUCAUUCCUGUGCAGCGACACGUCAUCGCAGGAGCCUGUUCAAUCAUCACAAUGACCAGCAAAGUGUCAUUCAAGAUCACCCUCACAUCAGAUCCCAAGCUCCCCUUCAAAGUACUGAGUGUACCUGAACCCACUCCGUUCACUGCCGUUCUCAAGUUUGCAGCCGAGGAGUUCAAAGUUCCGGCUGCCACCAGUGCCAUCAUCACGAACGAUGGCAUUGGCAUUAACCCGGCGCAGAGUGCGGGAAACGUGUUUCUAAAGCACGGGUCGGAGCUGAGACUCAUUCCGAGGGACCGAGUGGGAAAUGCAUUGUGACUCACCCAGCCACUCACCCACACACUCACCCACUCACUCACACACACACUCACCCACACACUCACCCAGCCACUCACCCACACACCCACACACUCACCCACACACUCACUGACUCACUC